AUGUGCCUAUCCUAUGCCUUAGUCAACUUCUCCGAUACAUUCAAGAACCGUCACACAGACAACGUGCGACUGAACACUGCCGGUGUCCUCACGGCGUAUGAGGAUCUGUACAACGAUUCUGGAAAGCUGAAACCAGAGCUGCAGAAGCACUACAGCCGCCCGUAUCCAGCCGUCGUCCCCGGUAAAGCCUAUUCGUAUGGCUUUGAGGAACAGUCUGGUACUUUUACCCUGAGAUUCAGAAGCGACCCGAACAUUGAUACACCCACUAAAAUCAUCUUGCCCCCUUCCACGUUUCCCAACAAACCCUUCGUUGUGAUUGAGCCUCGCGACAGCUUAGAAAAGUAUCAGAGAGACGAGCGCACCUUAGCCCUUUUCACAUCGAAGUCCCUCCAGAGCCCCACAGACGUAAAUAUCACCAUUAAGAGAUAG